AAGAACUUCACACCUUCUAGCAAGUCAUCCUAUAUAACUCUCUUUUUCUUAUUUGCUAAGCUUUGAAGAGAGACACAGAGAGAGAAAUGGAAAUGGAGAGAAGGCAGAAUAACAAGGGGGAAAGCAUUGACAUGUCAGGAAUGGGUGAAGAGACCACUGUUGAUUGGAGAGGGAGACCCUCCAACCCUAACAAACAUGGUGGAAUGAGAGCUGCAGCUUUCGUUCUUGGACUACAAGCCUUUGAGAUAAUGGCCAUAGCUGCUGUUGGGAACAACCUCAUAACAUAUUUGAUUAAUGAGAUGCACUUCUCAUUAUCAAAGUCUGCAAACAUAGUGACAAACUUUGUUGGAACUGUCUUUCUCCUUGCACUCCUUGGAGGCUACCUUUCAGAUUCUUAUCUUGGGAGCUUCUGGACCAUGUUAAUCUUUGGUUUUAUUGAACUUUCUGGUUUUAUUCUACUCUCGGUCCAAGCUCAUCUUCCCCAAUUAAAGCCACCCCAGUGCAACAUGCUCACAAAUGGAGAAAACUGUAUAGAAGCAAAGGGCUUGAAGGCUUUGAUAUUCUUUGUAGCACUUUACUUAGUGGCACUAGGGAGUGGAUGUGUCAAACCCAACAUGAUUGCUCAUGGAGCUGACCAGUUCAAGCAAGACAAUCCCAAGCAAUCCAAAAAGCUCUCCACUUACUUCAAUUCUGCCUAUUUUGCCUUCUCUAUGGGUGAACUCAUUGCACUAACAGUUCUUGUAUGGGUCCAAACUCAUUCUGGGAUGGAUAUUGGCUUUGGAGUCUCAGCUGCUGCUAUGGCAUUUGGACUAAUUAGCAUGGUUUCUGGUACUUUAUACUACAGAAACAAGCCCCCUCAAGGAAGCAUCCUUACUCCCAUUGCUCAAGUUUUUGUGGCUGCAAUUUUGAAAAGAAAGCAGGUUUGUCCAUCUAACAACGUUGCCUUGUCUUCUGAGAGUGGAAAUCCCCUUCACCCCGAAAAGUUCAGGUUCUUGGACAAGGCUUGCAUCCAAAUCCAAGAUGGGGCUAAUGCAAAGGAAAGUCCAUGGAGAUUGUGCACUGUUACUCAAGUCAAUCAAGUGAAGAUUUUGAUCUCAGUUGUUCCAAUCUUUGCUUGCACCAUUGUUUUCAACACCAUUUUAGCUCAACUCCAAACAUUCUCAGUCCAACAAGGAAGUGCAAUGGACACACAACUCACUAAAUCCUUCCAUAUCCCACCAGCUUCACUUCAAUCCAUCCCAUACAUCUUGCUCAUCAUUGUAGUCCCUCUCUAUGACACUUUCUUUGUCCCUUUUGCAAGAAAAAUCACUGGCCAUGAGUCCGGAAUCUCCCCCUUAAAUAGAAUAGGCUUUGGCCUCUUUUUCGCAACAUUUUCAAUGGUUGCAGCAGCCAUCAUGGAGAAAAAAAGAAGGGAUUCAGCUGUAAAUCUAGACAAAACAUUAUCCAUUUUCUGGAUCACCCCACAGUUCAUAAUCUUUGGAUUAUCGGAAAUGUUUACUGCUGUAGGCCUCAUUGAGUUCUUCUACAAACAAUCCUUGAAAGGGAUGCAAGCAUUUUUAACAGCCAUGACCUAUUGCUCAUACUCAUUUGGAUUUUAUUUGAGCUCCUUAUUGGUCUCUUUGGUGAAUAAGAUCACAUCAAGUUCCUCAAAUGGUGGUUGGCUUCAUGAUAAUGAUCUAAACAAAGACAGGCUAGAUCUUUUUUAUUGGUUGCUGGCAGCCCUUAGCUUUCUCAACUUCCUCAACUAUCUAUUUUGGUCUACAUGGUAUUCUAAUUCUUCUUCCUCAUCAAGCAGACCACACCAAGAGACUAAUGUAGAGGACUAUGGCCAUUAUCGUUUCACCUCUGAAAAAAAUAUUGGAGCUGAUGGCAAUAUACCUUAAAAGACACAUCAUCAAAUAUUACCUAGCAUCUUGUAUAAUACUUAUAUAGAUGAAGAAUUAUGUAAUCCUUUGUGUGCUCUCUUGAGGCUAACAGUUUCUGUAAGACUGUAAGUAUAAAAAAGUGCCAUUAAGGGAAGCUUGAUAGCAAUGAGUUAUAUGAAUCAUAGCUUACUCUUUAUAUUUUCUCACGAA